AUGCGCCAAAAACUUGAACGUGUCCAAGCACGCAAUGAAAUACUUGAACGAGAAAACGUUGAACUUAAGCAAACUAUCGAGGGUCGUGAUAUUGUUCUAGAUGCAGCAGCCAAGGAGAUUGCAGAGUGUCAAGACCAAUUAUCUGGGUUCAGAGAACGGGAAAGUGCCCGGGAGGGUCGACAAGAACUUUCAGACAUGGCUAGCGCCAACUUUAAUAGUGACACCACAUUAGUAUCUCUAGGCGCGCCGUCUUUUGGCAUAUCGCCUUAUGCCUCUGGCGAUACUUUGGCGUCCCGCUACACACCCAUAUACAAGGAUGAAGAAACAAACUAUUCGCCAUGUACUUCAAACGCUCUCAAAACCAUUGACUUCAAUACGCCGCGUUCAGGAAGGAGUUCAAGCUUGAGCAUGGACUCGCCUUUGCCCGGCCUAACGCCAAUUUGCCCUUCUCGAAGCGACUUCAUUGAUCGGUGCGCAUCCGCAAUGGAUGAGAGCCCAGGGCCCAAAAAUUCCCCAUCAGGAUCCUCUCAUGGGUCUCUUCCCAGUCUUAUUAGUGAGAGCAGUCUAAGCAUGUACGGUGGACGCGGGAAUAAUGGGGGUGAAACCGAUGCAGACAUUUUCUAUGACCAUCGUCCUGGGCCCCGUAAUGAGAACGGAGAAGACAGGCUAAAUAUCAAAAGAUGGGGAAGGCAUGGCCAGAGUGAUGUGAAUGAAUUGACCCAAACUCCGACUCGGAAUCCUAGCACAACACGGCGAAGUCCAAGGGCGGAACUCAGGGAAUUCAGAGAUAAACAGGACAAGCAGGACAAGCAACAAAGUCAGGAUACAAUGCGACAUAUGCCGCCUACUCCCGAAUCCAUGUCACCCCGGAGAAGAACGGGUGGAAGUUUCGACAGCAUUUCGUCCAACAAUGGCAACGAAGCUAAUUGUGGCCUGGGCUUAACGUCCUCAAUUGAGGAGGUUGAUGAUUCCAAGACCGAACCACUCGAAAAUAACCGCGGUAACCGCAAGUCGGUGAGGACGACCCCAAGGUCUGAUGUGGCCCCGACACCGCUUCAAAAAAGCGUUCGAGAAAUCGCAGAUAGGUUAAGGUCUCCAUUUAAGUUUCCGAACAGCGUCUCUGUGGCGCAGAAAGAGCCACAAACUUUCGGCGACAUCACGCACUUGAGGGAGACUAAGAAGCGGUUAGGAUACGGAUUCGGUAGCAAGCUUGGCAACAUGGCGGCACCCAGUAAACAGCCCGGCCGCGACAUAAGCGGUCAUUCACGGAAACUCACAGUGAGCAAAAAUUCGAAAGACAAGUUAGUCACAGUCCCGGUCAAGCCUGUCACCACGAAUCUUCCGGUGAGGUCCCGCAUCAGGUUAUCGAGCCAGCAACAACAGGGACAGGGUCUUGAAACACCACCGUAUACACCGAAUAAUGAGUCUGCUACUAGCCACGACAGUGAGAAAACAACCCUUGUUCCUCGGAGUCUUAUGAAAAAAUUGAGCUGGGAGUCAAUGAAUUCUGGUUCAAAUUCAAAUGGUUCGGAUGGGGUACCCAGGUCGGCGUAUAACUCGCAUUAUACUAUUGGUGGGAGUCCUUCCUAUCUUAGACGGAAUAGCACUGCAUCUCUGGCGACGACAGAUAUGAGUGCGAUGACAUUGAAGACGGUCAAAGAUAUUAGAAGGAUGAGCGCAAUUCCGGCGCUAGUUAGGGCGGGUUCUGUGAAAGAAAAGUCACGUCACCAUGAAUGA